AUGAAUACUAACACUUUGCAAAAAGAUAAUACCAACCAAAAUGAUGUGAAUAAAGACGUUGAUUUACAUAAAUUACAUGAAGAGUUAAGUCAAUCAGAACAGCAAAUAACAGCAAUUAUAGAAUCAUUUAUAGAAUUGGGUGUAUCGAUAUAUGAUUUCCCUGGUACGCCAGAAGCUACUCAGGGAAUGAUCACUAAUUUGAAACGUAAUGUGGACCGUCUUUUCAAACUAAAUCAGGUCUCGAAUGAUCCGGAGUCCACUUUACAAAAAGUUAGUAUUCCAUUCGAAGUGGUUCAGUACAUUGAGGAUGGACGAAAUCCUGAUAUUUAUACAAGAGAAUUCGUAGAAGCUAUCAGAAGAUCGAAUCAAUAUCAAAGGGCCAAGAUGCAUGGGUUGAAACUGUUAAGAGACUCAUUGGCAGAGAAAAUCAGUGAAGAAUUUCCUGAUUUGGAGUCGACUGUCCAAGAUAUUCUGCAGAGAACUAAUCUACAAAAAGAAGAAUAG